ACCAUCCUUGCCUGUAAUACGGAAAAAAAAAGUCUUUCCAUUGAGGAGAAAGUGGAUAUUAUAAGUGCUGUGGAAAGUGGGAGGAAGAAAACUGAGGUUGCUGCAGAAUACGGAAUAAAGAAAAAUUCUCUGUCCUCCAUAAUAAAAAAUAAGGAUAAGAUCUUGGAUGCCUAUGAAUCUUUCCAGUUCGAUCCCAGCCGAAAGCGACUAAGGACAGCUACUUAUACAGAUCUCGAAGAGGCCUUAAUGCGAUGGUACCAGACUUCACGUUGCCUGAAUGCACCAGUCAACGGACCUAUGUUACGUGUAAAAGCAAACGAUUUUGCACAGAAGUUGGGAUACAAGGACUUCAAGUGCAGCAACGGCUGGCUGGACCGUUUCAAGUCUAGGUACGGCCUGGUGUUCCGUUCUCAGCCUGUGGAGGCUCCAUCUGCUCCUGUGGAUACAUCAACUGUUUGGUACCAAACUGUGCUUCCAUAUUAUUUAAAUGAGUAUCAGCCUAAAAAUGUGUUUAGUGUUGCAGAGACAGGGCUGCUUUAUCAAAUGUUGCCUACCAAUACUUUUGCCUUCAGGGGGGAAACCUGCUCGUUCGGGAAGCAAAGUAGGAAAAUAAUAACUGUAGUGGUCGGUGCCAAUGUGGAUGGCACAGAAAAGCUUCCGUUACUGGUGAUUGGCAAAAACGCUAACCCGUGCUCCUUCAAAAGUGUCAAGUCACUGCCCGUGGAUUACGAGUCCAAUAGCAAGGCAGUCUUGACCCCAGAGGUGUUUGAAAAAUGGGUCCACAAAAUCGAUGAAAGGUUUCAGACUCAGCAACGGCGGGUUGCUCUGUUCGUCUGCCAGAGCCCAGCAUAUCCUGAGCUGAAAAACUUGAAGGCCAUCGAGCUCUUGUAUUUGCCUUCCACUGCCAUGCCAAAUGAGCACCCAAUGAAGCAGGGGACUAUCAAAAGUCUUAAAGUUAAAUACAGACACCAGCUAAUAAAGAGGUUUGUUGAGUGUGUCAAGAAGAGCAAGGAGUACACGUUGUCUCUGCUGGACACGGUCGAUAUGCUACACCUCUGCUGGAGGAACGUUACACGGGAGACUGUGACAUUCAGCUAUAAAAUGGCUAGAUUCAAACUACAAAACGUCAAAGCAGGCAUGGAGGACGUCGGCAUGGAGGAGGAAAACAGGCAUGAUCUCAUUGAGCAGGCCCGUGCAGUUGGGGUGGAGUUUCUUGAGGGUUUGUCUUUAGAUCAGUAUACAGAAGUGGAUGAGGACUUGAUGGCAUUAGACUCACCAGUACUUAGCAUGGACAACCUGGGCGGGAGUGAAGGGACAUCUGAAGAAGCGCUGUCUUUGGGGAACGAGGAAGAUGACGAUGAGGAUGAGUAUCUGGGGUCUGAGAUGAUCACUCCCUCCAAGACUGAAACUUUGGCUGCCUUGGCGAUCGUGAAGAGGUUUCUCAGGGGCCAUGAGGUUAACCAUGGUCUCCACAAUUCCGUGGCUGACAUAGAUAAUCCUUCAGAGUGAUCCCUCCAAUUGAAUGUAACUUGCUUACCUUACAGAGAAAAUGCUGUAGCAGGUUUGUAAAUCCACACAUCCUAAAACAGAAACCAGGGAAAGAUUAUAAUAAUUUGAUAUUGUUUUAGUUCAACCUAAGCAAGUGGAUGCUGGAUUUUGAGGUAAAAUGUUAUAUAUGAUGCCCAUGUAUAUCACUGUGAGACGUGAGAUUUAUUUCUACAAUCAGUGGAAGGCAUAAUAAGUGGCAGGCAGAUAAGUUGUGCAUGAGAAGUAAUUUUAUUUUUCAAGAAAACAAUGCAUAUUUAGAGCAUGUAAGAACACAUUUUUAUCUUCGUCCAACUUCAUGUGUAUUUGUUUUUGAUGUUCUGGCAAUUUUAAAAUGUAAUAUAUUGAUGUAGAAAAUAAAGUGCCUUAGUACAGUUUUGAUUAACUGCAGUCAUUUACAGUGAGAUAGUGUCCACACUAAUAUAGCUUCCCAAUUGGUCACCUAUAGAAACUGUACUAGUCUGAACCACUUGUUGUAUUGUGAAUACUCACAUAUACAUAGUUCUGUAUUAAAUCACAGCUUUCAAAUGACCCCUGAACGGUUGUUAUUCAGCAGGUUUGACUGUAAAUGUUCUUUUUCCUGUUUGGAUUAUGGGAAAAAAAUAAAUAGCAUGUCAAGUGAAGCUUUUAUUAGCCUGUGGCAAACGCAAUUACACCAGAACACACAGGCUGGUACCCUGUAGAUAAGAAUCUUUGCAGGACCAAACUUAGUGAUCUGUUUUAGGAUGUUGUGGAUUUGUAACAUAGAACUACUGUGAAAAAUGUGAAGCUUUACUACAUUUAAUGUACUGUGAGGUUUCCUCCUAAAAAGUGUUCAAAACAGAUGUAAUUGUUAGCACUUUGUGAAGCAUUUAGAAAUGAACUAACAGAAGUUUUCAUAGCAAGUUAAACAAAGAAAAGAAAAGGAAGUGGUUAUGGUUAUGGUUAGCUUGAGGAUGGUAUAUAAAUUGCCACCAUUUGUUUAGUUGUGAUAGAAAAAAGUGCAUUUGACUUAGAGACAUUAAAAACCAUAUUGUCAGUCUAGCUUUUAUAUCCAGGCUAAGCAAAACUAAUGUAAAAAACACAAAACCAUAUAAAUGGAAUUGGAUGUCUUCUUUUGUACACAAGCUAUGAACUCUUAUCCAAUUUCUAUGCGUUGUAUUAAAGCUCCUGGCUAUGUUGAUUCAAGCUGUGCAUAUUGUCUAUUAUAUAGCAUUUCGAUCCCCUGAGACAAAGAGGCCCAAUUUUUAAAUUUGCCUUUUUGUAAUGACUUGGGUGACAUCAUUUCAGUAACCCACUUUUACAUACGUUUUCCAUAUGUUAAGGAUCCAAGUUCUUGUUCAUAUCCCUGCAAUCAGCCAGUUGAAUAACAAACAUUUUAAUCAUCCAUAUUGUGGAUUUUCAGUAUAUGUAUAUCCCUGUGAGAACAAACAUUUUAAUAAAACUAGUCCCCCACAAAUAUAUUUGUUAGAUUGUAAGCAGGCUGCUACACAGCUAUAUAGUAACAAACCUUCUAUGUUAGUGCUCAAUUAAGUAUGCUUUCUCAAUGCCAGCAGCUAUUAACAGGUAAGCACUAACACAAGGGUUAUUUCUGAAUAAUGCUGUUCAUCUCUAAAAUUGAUUGUGACCAAAUACUGAAUACUCAGUGCGUCCUCUAGGUAUACAAUAGCUAUUAUGUGACAAACGCAGUGGACUUCAUAAAAAGUCAGGUGUGUGCUGCUAUCACCCUGAGUCUGGUUUUCACAAAAUCAGCGUCCGGCAGUAAUGUGCUGUCAUCAAAAGGAACCUUUGUGAUGUUUAUUAAUACUACUGUGUCGGGUAUCGCAGGACUCACAAGGCAGAUGAAAGUGAAUAACAGAGAGAUUCCACUUGUCAUAUAAUAAUGUAUAUCUUCUCUACGCCAACCAUCUGUACAACUGUUAAUUAAUAUACUUGAUAUGCUUCAUAAUCAGUGUACUGUAUACUACUACUAAUGUGUGUGUGUGUGUACAUUUCUAUAUUACUUCUAAUUUUAGUUACAGUAGAAUGUCAAUAAAAAUGUUAUUUGCAA